AUGCUGUUGAAGAAUAUGUCGUUGAAGAUUGCGAAAAGUCUUUCAAGAUCUUCCAGGUUCAAAGGUUGUCUCAAAUUCCAUGUCCCACACUUCUUACAGCAAAUCAGAGGGCAACAAGGGACAAUCUCUGUGUUGUUGCAGACGCUUCAAAUGACAUCUAUUGAAGAUAUUAGAGCUACAGUCAAAGAGAACUAUCUGCUUCUGCAGCAGGUAUAUCGCGGAAUGCGACGUUUGCGACACUCCUAUCCUGGCAUCAAAGCACCAGGAUCUAUUUUUGAAGAGAAAGUAGAAAUUGAGUCCAUCAACACUACUGUAUCUUCUACUACCUUUGCAUUCGAUAACGACGUGGUUGAUUCCAAAGCAUACCGACGAGCUUUCUUCCAAAUGCCAGCUGCUUUGCAAUCGCUCGAGGAACAGUCCGAGGGGACUUUGAAAGAUUCGGAUUUUCUGUACGACAGGAUGUCAACACUCAAGUCUAUUCUCAAAGAUAGAGAAAAUGAGAACAUCCAGUUACGUGAGCAGAUUGGAAAGUUUGGAAAGAUAAAUUCAUCCCUUGUGGUCCAAAUUCAAGAAAAAGACAAGAAGUAUGAAACUACAGUGGCAAAUCUCGAAGCCGCAGAGAGGAGCAAGAAGCCUCUUCUAGCACAGGUUCGGUCUCUGAUUAAUCGGAUCCCCGACACAAGCCAUAAGCUAUGGCUAUUUGCUGGCGUGGACCAAAACACAGCUUUCAACUACUGUGUCACGCAUGAUAUGAUUGACUCGGAUAUGGAGACAAUAGUGAUCAACACUGAUAGUGACGACUCCACGUGUGGCGAGUUACGCCGCAUGGUCGGUGAAAUGAUUACAGACCAUCGGGACUUGACAUCAACUGUGGGAGACCACACGGCAUUGUUGCUUGGAGGCAAUUCACUUCUAAUCGGAAACUUGGUUUCCACCGCUGGUCGGAUGGUGUGGCCUGGUCCUAUUUCAAUGAGCCUGGACGACUUCAAACAGCGUGUAGAGUUGCUGGAUGAUGAUGGGAUCAAGAUGGAAGCAUCGGACAUGAAGCUCCUAGAGCCUUGCUUGGGCGAUGCUAGGUCUUUGCCCACGAUCGUGAGCGAGGGUAAAGUUGACUUUCUUGGAAACGAACCUGCACAAACAAGAAGAGCAUCAGAAGAUAAAUCAUUGAGAAACCUGAGAUGGUCUUCAUAG